CUAAACCGAGCGUUUUGCAUUCUAUCCUAUAGUCGCGAUGGCUUCUCUUACAUUUCAAACACGUUAUAUAUCGAUUUUGAAUCUCUACCCUUAAGUCAAUGUAGCGCAUUUUGUGGAAGCUUCGUUGUCCUUUGGAUGCAAUCGCUUUAUUUCGGGAUUUGCGGUUACUGGUCUUUUAUGGUCUCAGCGGCUUCCCGUAUGGAGCUCUGUUGCCGUGGUUACAGCGUUCGAAAGCGGGUAGGUUCAUAACGGCUAAUUUUAGCUCGACAAAGUUGGUGCAAAAAGCAAAAGAGUUGGGAGGAAAAUGGCCUCCUGCCUGGUUCCCGAGUUCCCCGCCGUCGUGGCGGCACUGGAGCGUCUGAAGGACCUGGAGAGGGAGCUUAGAGAGGACGAAAUCCCGUUCUCAGCCGAAGGAUGCGUCCACCUCACGGCCAUUGCAGAAGAUGUAGCCGAGUUAGAAGCCUCAAGGCGCGCUGUCCGUGAGCAGUUGGAAGUGGAGUCCAUAGGAAACUGCAAGCUUAGAUACAAUAUUCUAAACAUGACUGAUCGUCUGAGGGAUGACAUCCUGAGAGACAAAGCAGCAGCCCGGGCUUCUAACGCCGAGGAGAUAGAGCAGCUCCGCAGAGAGCUCAGUCUAUCCUUUCAGAUGCUAGAGGAGAAAAAGAAGAAGAUACAGGAGCUGUUAGAAAAACACAAAUUGCUUCAGGCAGAGCUAGAUCGGGUGAGUGCUGAACACAAGGAGCUGAUCCUCUCUCUGAAUGUUCUGAUCAGCCUCAGAUACAGCAGGCAGGAGCAUCUGGACAACACGCUGGAGCAAACAGAGGAGCUGAGAAACUCCAUCGCUGAUGUUGAGCAGCAGAAAUGGUCCUUCCAGCAAAGCGUGGCUUUGGAAAGGGAGAGGUUCGCUGAGGAAGAAGACGACCUGGACAAAGAGAUAGCCAAGAGGAUGGGACAGAUUAAGCAGCAGAGGGAGGAGGUUGAGAAGAUUGGAUUGGAAUUAGAGAAUCUUAAAGAGAAGAAAAGGGAAACGAAAAACAAAAUAAAAGAGCUCUUCCAGGAGACGACUGAACUGCAGGGCAAUGUGCAAAGUCUGGAGAUGUCCCACUGUAGUUGUGAGCAACAACUACAGGAAGAAAUACUGCAGACCAAAGAGCUGAACGGACAGAUAGAGAAGCAGAAUAAGCACAGCAAAACGCUAGAGGAGAACUUCAACCUCACCCUCCAAAACCUGCAAGAGGAAAUCAGUGGAGUGGAAGAAGACCAAAAGAAGGCUCUGACUGCCCAGCUGGUCCUCAAAGAAUCGCUGGCCUACUAUUCUAAAGUGUGCAAGUAUCAGCUUGGAGUGGAGGAUGAGUCCCGGGCCGACUUUCUGCAGGUCUCCACGAAUAUGGAGAGCUCCCGGCUGCAGUUGGAGGAGCGCAUUGCCUCCAUUGUCAAGUACAGCAAGGAAAUCCUGGAGCUUGAGAACAUGAUCGCAGAGCUACAGGAGGACAAGGAGAUCAACAGGCGGAUUGUUGAGUCCAAAAGGAAAGAAUUGCUCGUCGAUCUGAAGGAGGCAAAUUCCAAAAUCAAGCUGUUAGAAGAGGAAAUCAGGCAGCUCAACAAGCGCCUGAUGGCCAAGAAGAGCAGGCAGCAGGAUUACGAGGAGAAAAUGACGUCCGAUAUAAACAACAACAGGGAGAGGUAUGAGGCGCUGUGGCAGGAGCGGGCUGCGCUGCUUGAGCGGCACCCUGACUGCGAAGAUUUUGACUUGAUGCUCUAUCAGAUGCCACUACUGGAGAAGGAGAACAGAGAGACACAGAAACUCUGCCAGCAGGAGGUGGAUCAGAUCAUCACGGAGACGGAGGAGGUCAGUAGUAUGAUCACCGAGAAGCAGAGGGAGCUGGAGGAGCGACUGAAGAUACUGAACGAGGUGGACAGAAAGUGGAGAGAUGAGAGAUCCAGGAACGACAAGCUGCGCAAGCAGAAAGACGUGCUGACUCGGAGGACGUCCGAGCUGGAGCGGUCCAUCCAGGACACGGCGGAGCACACCAGAGAGCUGCUGGCACGCAGGGAGGAGAUGAAGGUCAAACUGGAGGAGCUGCAGGAGUCUCACAGCAACGUGGUGAACAAACAGAGCUCAGCCCUGAGAGAAAUGGAGGUGAACAUGUAUGACCUGAAUCUGAUGCUGGGGCAGAUCAGAAAAGAGAACAGCAGGCUGCACCUCUCCACCAGACAGAUGAUGGAGGACAUCAGCACCAGCAGGCAGGAGAAAAACAGGUACCAGCAGGAGGUCCAGGAGCUCAGCAGCAGAUCAGAGGCCCUUCUCAAAGAGAUACAGGAAGGAUUUAGACAAGAUAACUCUCUGAUUAAAGGCAUCAAGAAGAGUGACGACGAACUGCUGUCGUUUAUGGGUUCAGGGUUGAAAGAGCUGAAGACCAGGAACCAGCAGCUGAUGAGCAUCAUCGCGCUGAUGCACCAAGUGAUGCUGGAGUUUAGCAAACGACUGGGAGAUAAAGCAAUAGAGCGAUGGCAGAACUAACGGACUGUGCACUAUACAUCUUCAUGCAUCACAAUACAAACCUGCCUACACUAUCAGUAUAGGAGCCCAUCAAUAAACGAGAAUAAAAACAAUAAUAAAAAAGAUACGUUCUCUAUU